AUGAGUGGAACAAUACCUCGACAAAAGGCACUGCCGCAGCGACCAAUGCAGGACUUGGGAUAUGUCUCAGCGCCGCCGAACGGGACGAGGGGGCCUCCUGAGCUUAGUGGGAGGACUGUGCUAGAGGGCUACAGGAGCAAUACCACGAAUGGCUUCGAGGAGAAGCCUCGUUACAAUCCGUUGAAUCCUACGCGACCACAGAGCUCUCCAUUGCUCAAUGUCAAUGACCCGAUACAAGUCCAUCUGCUGGUUGAGACUGCGCUUUGUGAUAGCAAGGAGUAUGAGAUCUUGUCCCCGGAGGAGGUUGACGACCUCCAGAAACAAUGUCAGGCCCUGACCCAGCGGAUCGAGCAGACGCGGCAAGGCCUCGCGCUUCAGUCCAAGUACCGCGAUGCUGCGAUCUCGAUGGCUAAACUGUAUACCAACCCUGACAAGAAGAAAAGUAUGGAUGGCCAGGAUGGGAAGAGGCGGAGCAUAUUCGGGCACAAUCGCAACGUUAGUGAUUCUGUCAAGGAGGCAGACCAGGAACGAAUGGCCAGCGAGAAGAAGUGCGAGGAUCUGGCACUGGAGCUAUGGAAUUUGGAGAAACGCCAGAUGGAGCUACAGAGCAGGCUCUUGAAGCACACCGCGGGCAUAUUGCAGAUGACUCACAAGGGGCCGAAGGUGCCAAUGGUAAAAGGGGGAGCUCAGCAACAAGGAAUUCCUGGAAGCCCGGAGAGCAUGUACACAUACUCGAACGCGAGAAGUAGCAUGGAACCCCUCAGCGACGAUCUCUUCUUCGACGAGAGGAGUUUCUACAGACUUGCCGAUCACUCGGAUGAAUUUGAGAUCGGGGGCAGGGAGGGAUUCAUGUCCCAGUCUAAGGGCUCGUCAAAGGAACAGAUGCAAAUGAUUGCGAAUACGGAGCGCAAGCUGGAAGAUCUAAAUAGGCAGUUGCGGGAAGUGAUUGUGAGAGCGAAUCCGGACCGCGAAACGACAUACAGUGCUCCUCCGGGAGAUGGCAAUUCUGCAGAUGCUGGUGCUUCUCUGCAAAGUCAUUUGGACUACAUGGAAAAGAGUAUCAUGACGAUCAACCAGGGGAACGGUGGACAGGCACAGUCUGCGGGGGCUGAGCUCUCGAAAGCCUCAACUACCGCGAACCGAAAUAUGGGCAACCAGGGCAACUCAGAACAGAUGGAGACAGUCUUGAUGGGACUGUGGGAUAUCAUCCAAUCCGGCGAAGAAGACCACCGACAACGCAAAGCUGAUCGGCGGAAAACACGAAUGGCUCAAAAUUUACCCGAAGACGAGGACGACUCACCUGACGACGACAGUGAUCCGAAUGAGAAGUUCUCGCUCCAAGGAUUCUCCUCCAAGGUGCAGUGGCUCUACACCCAAGCCACUCGACUGAAGGACCAGAAGAAGGUUUUACAACGGCAGAUCAAACAACAGAGAGAGCUGAACAACAAGUCAGAUGCAACGAAGGACGCCGAGAUGGAACAGAAGAUCGAAGAGCUGCGGAGGACGCAAGAUCUUCUCACGCGAAGCGAAGCGGAUGCUGACAACGUUCGGCAGCAAUUGAGCGAUAUGAUGGAGCGGCUCGCCGAGAAAGAUCAGCAACAGCUCUUGCGUGAUCAAGCUCGCUCGAACGGUGACUCGGCUGUCCUCAAGCAAUCUCAAGAGGAGCUGAACAGCAGCAACCAAAAGCUCCAGAAAGUAGAGCAAGAGCUGGAAUCUCGUAUCCAGACGAUUCGGCAGGUGGAAGAGCAGCUCGAAAGCCGCAACGUGAGAAUCGCUUCUCUCGAAGAAGAACUGGAAACCCGCAACCAGAGGAUUUCUGCCCUCGAGAAAGAACUGCAAGAUAUGAAGGAUGGUCAAACCAUUGGCAAUGCCGAGUUGCAAGGCAAGAUUACCAGCUUGGAAUCCAAAAUAGCUUCGUUAACGCAGGAGUUGGCUGCCGCCCAAGCUGCUCAAGCACUGUUUGAGAACAGCUCCCAGGAGAAACAGAAGGUGAUUGAUGCCAAGGAGCAAGAAAAGGAGGAAAUGAACAUGGAGAUCGCCAACCUCCGAACCGAGGUCACAAUAGCAAGAGCCGAAUUGGAUGGUGCCUAUGGAUCUAGAGCCCAGCGUGCAGCGGAAGUUGCAGCGAAUCCCGAAAUUCAAAGGGAGAUCGACGCUCUCACCAAGAGCAACUCCUCUCUCGCUGCCGAACUCGCUACCUUACUCGAUAAAGGUACCGCGAACCCCGAAGCUGAGGCUAAGAUGGCAACGCUGAAGAAGGAGCUCGAAGAGACGAUCGAGGAGUACGAGCAGAUGACCAAAGCGAGCAUCGAGUGGGAGAAGGAGCGGGAAUCCUUGGAAGGUACGAUUGACAAUUUGCGUGACGAGAGGGACAGUCUCGAGACUCAGUUGAGCGAUGAGAAGGUUCGUUGGCUAGGCAUGAAGAGUCCUGGCAUCGAUGGGACUCUGCCGCCUGGGUCGACGAGCACCAGCGUGCUCAAAGACGAAUUCAAGAAGAUGAUGAGGGAUGCGCGCGCAGAGAAUGCGAAGGCCUUGCGGGCCGAACAAGCAGAACGGCGCCGCCUCGAAGACGAAUUACGGGCUCUCAAGAAGACUCAAGGGCCGGGCAGGUCGGGGCUUAGCCAGAGUAUGGGUACUUAG